AUGGAGACCGUCGACUUGCUGUCAAAGGCAUGGUUUAACAAGACCUAUCUACUACUCCACCUUGACAAGCGCCAUUGGAUGCCUCAGGAGUUUCAAGUACAGCCUGGCCUGAGCGCGCUUGAAGAAACAUGCAAAUGGAUGAAGCUGUGCGAGAAAGUACGCAACAAAAACAUUGCACUUGAAGCGCCAAUCCAGGAGGAGAUCGACCAAUUCGCUGAGUUUGAGGCAGUUUACAAGGCUGGAUUCAUCGAGAAGGAUAACGCAUACGAGGUCGAGAUGAAGGCAAAGGAAGACCAGCUGGCGAACGAGAGACGGUUUAGGGAGACAUUUGGGUCUGAUUCGGAUAGCGAAGAUGCCUAA